GUUCGAAUUGACGAGCAGCAAUGGUUGCAGAGCCUUGGAUUGUGAAAAUGGGGAACCAGGUUAGCGCUAAUCUCAAGCAAGUCCUUCUCGAACCUUCAAAGAAUAAGAGCAAUACUAAGCAAACAAUCGGUAUUCUCUCUUUUGAAGUUGCUAAUGUAAUGUCCAAAACGAUUUACCUUCAUAAAUCCCUGUCUGAUUCGGCCAUUUCGAAGCUCAAGAACGACAUCUUGAGCUCUGAUGGAGUUAGAAAUCUCGUGUCCUUUGAUGAGGUUCAUCUUCUCGAGCUUGUAGUUGCAGAGAAGCUCGAGGAUUUGAACCGAGUGGCUCAUGUGGUUUCUAGGCUUGGGAAGAAGUGUUCUCAACCUGCGUUACAGGGUUUUGAACAUGUGUAUUUGGAUAUCAUUAAUGGAGUUAUAAAUGUGAAGGAAUUGGGGUUUUUGGUUAAGGAUAUGGAAGGGAUGAUGAAGAAAAUGGAGAGGUUUGUGAAUGCUACGGCCAAUUUGUACACUGAAAUGGAGGUUUUGAAUGAAUUGGAACAGGCUGCUAAGAAGUUUCAGAAUAAUCAACAUGAAGAGAGUAGAAAAGCUUAUGAACAGAAGCUUAUAUGGCAGAAACAAGACGUGGGGCAUCUCAAAGAGAUUUCUCUUUGGAGCCAAACAUUUGAUAAGGUUGUUGAAUUGCUAGCUAGAACUGUUUGUACUGUUUAUGCAAGGAUUCAUUUGGUAUUUGGAGACUCUUUUCUCAAGAAGGAUGUUGAGAUUGGUUCAGAGUCAUUGGAAUCGAAGCGUGUGUCACGCCCUGGACCGAGACGAGGGUCGAGUUUCAAGUCUCAAAUUAGCACAAGAAGAGGCGAGGUUCCGUUGUUUACACCUGAUGACUUCAAUUUCCCUUGCGGAACCAAUCCCGGGAGGCUUUUGAUGGAUUGUCUCAGUUUGAGUAGUUCAGUUUCCAAGAUGGAUGAGGAGGAGGACGAGAACGGUUAUGAUGAUCGGAGCUGUCGAAUCUCCGGUUGUAGCAUUAGGAAUAGUGGCUCGAGUCAUUUCGGUUCGUUCAGUCAGGUGCAGUUCUCUGUUCCAUUUGGGGUAGAGCAAAGACAAGCCAAAAGUGUGAUGUCUAACAAUGGAGGAAGUUUUGGAUUCAAGAGCAGGUUACCUAUGUAUGCACCGGUUUCGACCGUCGGUGGCUCGGCUCUUGCUUUGCAUUAUGCAAAUAUCAUUAUUGUCAUAGAAAAGUUGCUUCGUUAUCCUCAUUUAGUCGGAGACGAAGCUCGGGACGAUUUGUAUCAAAUGCUACCAACGAGUUUAAGAACAUCCCUGAAUAAACAUCUGAAGUCCUAUGUUAAGAGCCUAGCCAUAUAUGAUGCUCCUCUUGCGCACGAUUGGAAGGAGACACUCGACGGGAUCUUGAGCUGGCUUGCUCCAUUGGCACACAACAUGAUUCGAUGGCAAAGCGAGCGCAAUUUCGAACAACAUCAGAUUGUGACACGGACUAACGUUUUGCUUAUCCAAACUAUAUACUUCGCUGAUUGCAAGAAAACCGAGGACGCCAUAUGUGAGCUUCUUGUUGGAUUGAAUUACAUUUGUCGUUACGAGCAUCAGCAAAAUGCAUUGCUGGAUUGCGCGAGUAGUUUCGACUUCGAAGAUUGUAUGGAGUGGCAGUUGCAAUGUAAAGCUUCAUAUCUUAGUUGAAGACAUUGUUUCCCUUAUGAAACAAUGCAUCUUGUGAAUACUGAGCAGCUUUAGCACACUGAAAGAAUUUGUCUGAUGGGGACUUCAUUUCGUCACUGUUUGCUGUUGAGAGGUGGAAAAUUCCUGUUUUUCUGCAUGAAGCGAUCAGGCUGCAUUAGGGAAUUUGGUGCUCAAACUCCUGUUCAUAGAUCUACUGUUAGUUUCUCUCCCCAUUUCCAACCCGACCUGACCCGACCGGUGAUUCGUUCUUUUAUUUUAAAUGUUUUUGGUGGUUGUAAUUUAAAUAUAGAACUGUAGCUUGAUGUAUUUAAAUCACAACCAUAUCUAUAUAUUGCCAAAUCAAUGGAUGAAAUAUAUUUCUUACC